GCCGGGACUCCACGUUGCAGCCUGGGGGUGCGUGGCCACCUCUAUCAGCACGCCCUCACCGGGAGCGGCCGCCUUCCACGCGCCACGGGCGGGAGGGUCGCCGGCCGGGGCGCACGCCCACCUGUCGCGCGCAGGCGCAUAAAUACGCCCGCGCUCCCGCGGCAGGGUCAGUGCGCAGGCGCGGCGGCCGAUGCGAGUGUGUCUGUGCGGCUAGAAGAUGGCGGCGACGGGAGACGCGGCGUGAGGAGCCGGGGCAGUGCCGAGCCUCAUUGAGACGGGCCGCCAUGGCCCGCCACAAUCCGCAGUAUAUUUUUGGUGACUUCAGCCCUGAUGAAUUCAAUCAGUUCUUUGUGACUCCCCGGUCUUCAGUUGAGCUCCCUCCAUACAGUGGGACUCUGUGUGGCAUACAGACUGAAGAUGAACUACCAGAUGCAGGACAAGAACAUCAGAGGAUUGAGUUCGGUGUUGAAGAAGUCAUCAAACCAAGUGCUAGUUUGCCGAGAACCCCUACGUACAGUAUUUCAAGCACCUUGAAUCCUCAGGCACCUGAGUUUAUUCUUGGUUGUACAACUUCCAAAAAGACCCCUGAUGGUGUGGGAAAAGAUGAGAACUACAGUUCUAUUGACCAGUACCCAGGCACAGCCCUGGCCCUGGAAAACAACUCGAACAUAGAGGCAGAAGCUUCGGAGAAUGAUGGUGGUGCUGGCGGUCUUGGUCAAAGGGAGCGUAAGAAGAAGAAGAAGCGCCCCCCUGGGUACUACAGUUACCUGAAAGAUGGUAGUGAUGAGGGCGUUUCCCCAGCUGCCCUGGUCAAUGGCCAUGCCAAUUCAGCAGUCACGAACAGCGUGGGUGUGGAGGAUGCUGAGUUCAUGGUCAAUAUGCUUCCUUCAGUUACUCCCAGGACUUGUGACAGCCCUCAGAAUCCCAUGGACUUCAUCAGUGACCCUGUGCCUGACAGUCCUUUCCCCAGAACACUAGGUGGUGAUGCCAGGACUGCAGGGCUGCUCGAGGGCUGCGGUGGAACUGACUUUGAGCAACCCUGCCUCCCUGCAGACAGCCUUCUAAGGACAGCUGUGACGCAGCCCUAUGUUGGCACCGAUACUACUGAGAACCUUGCAGUUGCUAAUGGAAAAAUACUUGAAUCCUUGGGCGAGGACACUGCUGCUAAUGGGGUAGAGUUGCACACUGAGGAGAGCACAGACUUGGGCCCUGCAAAGCCUGAGAGCCAGUCACCUCCUGCUGACAAUGUGCUCUCUGCCUCUGGGGCCAUUCCCAUUAGCCAGCCUGUAAAGUCUUGGGCUAGCCUCUUUCAUGAUUCUAAGCCCUCUUCCUCCUCACCUAUGGCAUAUGUGGAAACUAAGUGUUCGCCCCCUGUCUUAUCUCCCCUGGCUUCUGAAAAGCAGGUGGAAGUCAAAGAAGGGCUUGUUCCAGUUUCAGAGGAUCCCGUAGCCAUAAAGAUUGCAGAGUUACUGGAGACUGUAACCCUAAUACAUAAGCCAGUGUCACUGCAACCCCGCGGGCUGAUCAAUAAAGGAAACUGGUGCUACAUUAAUGCCACCCUGCAGGCAUUGGUAGCUUGCCCUCCGAUGUAUCACCUGAUGAAGUUCAUUCCUCUGUACUCAAAAGUGCAAAGGCCUUGCACAUCAACGCCCAUGAUAGAUAGCUUUGUUCGGCUAAUGAAUGAGUUUACUAAUAUGCCAGUACCUCCCAAAUCCCGCCAAGCUCUCGGGGAUAAAAUGGUGAGAGAUAUCCGCCCAGGAGCCGCCUUUGAACCCACAUAUAUUUACAGACUCCUGACAGUUAUCAAGUCGAGCCUGUCUGAAAAGGGCCGACAGGAAGAUGCUGAGGAGUACCUAGGCUUCAUUCUGAAUGGACUUCAUGAGGAAAUGCUGAGCCUGAAGAAGCUCCUCUCCCCAACUCACGAAAAACUUACUGUUUCCAAUGGACCCAGAAGCCACUUGAUUGAAGACAAAGAGCAGGAAGGCACAGGCGAAGGGAGUGAAGACGAGUGGGAGCAAGUGGGUCCCAGGAAUAAGACGUCUGUCACCCGGCAGGCUGAUUUUGUCCAAACACCUAUCACGGGCAUUUUUGGUGGACACAUCAGGUCUGUGGUUUACCAGCAGAGUUCCAAAGAAUCCGCCACUUUGCAGCCGUUUUUCACACUGCAGUUGGAUAUUCAGUCUGACAAGAUACGCACAGUCCAGGAUGCAUUGGAAAGCUUGGUGGCAAGAGAAUCUGUCCAAGGUUACACCACCAAAACCAAACAGGAGGUUGAAGUCAGCCGCAGAGUGACUCUGGAGAAGCUCCCUCCUGUCCUCGUGUUGCACCUGAAGCGCUUUGUCUAUGAGAAGACGGGCGGGUGUCAGAAGCUGGUCAAGAACAUUGACUAUCCUGUGGACUUGGAGAUCAGCAGAGAACUUCUUUCUCCUGGAGUCAAAAAUAAGAAUUUUAAAUGCCACAGAACUUACAGGCUGUUCGCAGUGGUCUACCAUCAUGGUAACAGCGCCACGGGCGGCCACUAUACUACGGAUGUCUUCCAGAUAGGGCUUAAUGGCUGGCUGCGAAUCGAUGACCAAACAGUCAAGGUUAUUAACCAGUACCAGGUGGUGAAGCCAACUGCUGACCGCACAGCCUACCUCCUGUAUUACCGUCGUGUGGACCUGCUGUAGCCAUGUCCAUGUGCCUGUGUGUGUGCACCCCUGACGCUGCUUCCUACAAUUCCCAACUCACUAACUUCCCACCACUCUAGUGGCUCUUUUAGAGAGAAACUCUCCCUCUGUGACAGUGGGCUUGAAUGAAAGAUGUCUUG